GCACGCCAAGAGAGACAGAAGCAGAUAUAAACCGAGAGACACACACACAUAGAGAGAGACACAGAGAGAGAGAGACAAAGAAAGAAAGUGAGUGAGAGAGAGAGUGUAGAGGUAGAAAAAAAGAGGGGUGAACGUUAGUGCUGUGUGAGCAGAGUAUCAGGUUUAAGGAAACAUAGGAGCAUAAGGGAAUCAUGCAGGCUGCAUUCUGGGUGACGGUGGGACUGCUGUGCCUGACAACAGCUGGACUUGGCAACGCUCAGAAGCCUCAGCCAUGUCGUUCUCCGCCCCUUUUUAUGGGGGGUUUAACUGUGGGAACCCAGAAUGAGAAGGUCUGGGCUGUGGGGAGGUAUGCCUAUGACGCCGUACAGCAGCGUAUCCAUCUGGGAGAGAUGGGGACCUACAACAACAAGAGCUUCACCUACAAUGCUCUAAUGCUUUUUGAUGAGGGGGUCCUGUACGAGAUCAACCAUAAAGAGCAGACCUGCGUGAAGAAACCUCUGCAGUCUGACUUCCACCCCAUGGCUGUGCCCAAAGGCGCCACAUUCAUAUCUCAGGUGGUGUUGGGAACCUCCUCUGCCCCGGGACAGGGCCUGCUGGUCAACAACUGGUGGGGAGAUAUGCCUGACAAACAAGGAAACUACAUUUUGACCUUCAGUGAAUUUGGAUGCUUUCCUGUCUCUGCCCUGGCCAAGACCAAGGAGUUUGGAUGGAUGAGUGUGAGUUACUAUGACAACGUCCUUGGGGCAGAGCCCCACUGGUUCAUCCCGCCACCAUUUUGUGCGGACGCCGAGCUGGUGGAGAGCGAGGAUGGAAAAGUGACGGACUUCUUCUCCGUCUUCCACUGAGCUGAGGCAGAUGCUUGCACAACAGCUGCAUCACAUACACAACAUAUACUAUGUAACAUACUGAGCUUCUUUGCACAUGUUUCCGUGAUUGAUUUGCGGGUACAUUUGUCAACAUCAGAAUCACAUAUACAGCAUCUCGACAUAAGCAUCACAUACCAAAUGCAAUGUACUCAGGUCUUUGCAGAUUUGCAUCAUUUAUUGUGGGUAGGGUCUACAUGUAUAUCAACUUUUUUUUUUUUUUUUUAAAGUGUUCCGCUGGGCAGAUUGGCGUUUGAGGACACUUGAUGCUGUUCACAAUUAUCCAUCUUUAAUUGUGGGAAACAUACUGUUAAAACUCGUAGGGGAACCAAAUCUUGAAGACCCUGAGAGAGAGAGAGAGAGAGAGAGAGAGAGAGAGAGAGAGAGAGAGAGAGAGAGAGAGAGAGAGAGAGAGACAGAGAGAGAGAGAGAGUGUGUGUGAGAGAGGUAAAGCAAACAUCUAAUGCAAUAACUAAUGCAUUAUGCAAUAAUGCAGUUGUAAUUUUAAUGGAAAUGUUUGAUUGUAUUGGUCUGUGGCAUUAAUGGACAAGUGCUGUUUAUUUGGAUUAGGGUUCAUGCACUCCACUGUAGAUGACAAUGAAUGUUAAGAUAAUUUUUAAAAAAUGUGUUUUUUAAAAAUGCCUUUUUUAAGUUACUUUUUAUCGUUCUUCUUUGAUGAAGUGCCAAUAAAAUCACUAUAUCUUAAA